AUUACGUUAGAGGCUUUCUUAAUAUUAUAAUUUUCGUUAUGUGUUAAUAUUUCAAUAAGCAUAUAAAAUGUUUGCUACAAUUAGAAGAAAACUAAAAUGGGGUACUAGCAAGAGUACGGAAAGUAAUAAAAAUGAAAAUUCUCUUUUACUUGUGGCCUUUAUUGGAUUAUUUGAAGAUGUAUUAUUUUGGAAUAAAAUGUGGCUGUCCCUUAUGUUUAUAGCGUUUUUGAAUUUAUUUUUCUUUUUUUGCGUCCAUCAAGAAAUUAAUUUCUUCCAAUUCCUUUUGAAACUUAAAAUUGUUAUAUUGUGUAUUGAUGCUCUUGAAACAUGGCUAAAACAUAAACAUAGAACAACUUGUUUAAAAAAAUUAGCUAGCCGUGAUAUUACAAAGUUCAAAUCAACCACAGCGCAAUUAAGUAAUUGGAUGAAUAAAAGAUGGCUGGAUUAUAUGUUCUUGCGAGAACAAAACCAUACCAAGGCAUUUUUAUUGCUGCAGAUUAUUUUUGGAGUUGUCUUUUUUGUGUGCAAGCAUACAAGUGGAUACACAAUAAUGUAUAUUUUGACAAUGUUCAUAUGCUUCUCAAAAAAAUUACUACCACCUUUUGUUAGGCUUGUAAGGAGAAUACAACUAAAUGCAGAAUUGGAUCUGGAGUUAGAGGGACUAAUACCAGAAGAAUCUGAUGCAAAUAUGGAUUUAUUGUCUAUAGAGCAAGAUCAAAAUCAAAUAAUUGAUGAAAAACAAAGUUUAGAUUAUUGGAAGCCAGAAGAUUUGCCAAUUGAAGAAGCUAGUGAUAGUUCUGAAACUAGUAGUUCCCUUGUAACCAAUCUAUCAAUGGAAAAAAUGCAAACAUUUGAAAAAGAAAUUGAGACUUCAGAUUCUAGUGAAGAUGAAUACAUGCCACAAGUUAAACAACCAUUGAAGGAGGAAUAUCGAUCCACUGCAGUGGUUGUACCGGCAAACACAUGGAGUAAUGCUGCAUACAAUGCAUUACAAAAUAUAGGUGGAGCAGUUGUUAAUAUGAUUUAUACAUCACAGGAUGAUAGAAGAAGGAAGAGAGUUUCUAGUAUUGAUUCAUCUGAUGGUUUUGAAAUGAUAGAUAAAAAUGAUGUUUUAUAAAAUUAAUCAAUACAUGUUUCAUUUGAUUUCAAUUAAUUUUUAUUUUAAAUA